UCAGCAGGUACAGUGAGAGUGAGACGUUGCCCAUAGACUUCACCAACUCAUGUAAAGACAACCAUCAUGUAUUCGGAACACUUUUGAGCACAUUUUAUUCUGUUCGGCAUUGAAGAACAUCUUUUUCAGUAUCAUCUGUUUUAAGUAUAGAGUGUAACGACUCAAUGCUGAGAACUCAGAUGGACAGCUCAUGCCAGGCCCUGUGUCGCUCACUGGUGAACCAAAAUGAAAACUUAGACAUCUCACAGUCGGUGCUCUACACCUCCCUCAUGGGCUUGUUGCUGGUGGCUGACAAAGAAAGAGAGCUAACGCUGGGCAGUGGACAAGUCGGACUGUAUAAUGCCGGGAACACAUGUUUCUUAAAUGCUAUUGUGCAGUGUCUCUCCCACACCAAGGGUCUUAGAGACUACUGUCUGACUAAAACCUACCUCCAGGACAUGUGCUCCAGUCAAGAGCCAAAGCUGAUGAACGAAUUCACCAAAGUUUUGGAAGGGCUGUGGUCCACAGAGGAAAGGAAAAGGGCAGUUAAUCCUGAACGGUUCUACCGAGUCUUUAAAGAGGCUUUGCCUUGCUUCAGUGGAUACAGUCAGCAGGACGCUCAGGAGUUUUUGCGAUUCCUUUUGGACCAGUUGCACAUAGAAAUCAACCGCCGACCCUCACGCGACCCUGCCACCUCUCCCGCUCCUGAGCCCAGCCACACCCCAAUCAGGAUUUCAGAAGAAGCAGCUGCUAUGUGGAAGAGACAUGUGGACAAGGAUGACAGUAUAAUUGUAGAUUUGUUCUCGGGACAGCUGUGCAGCUCCCUGCACUGCUCUGUCUGCUCACACUGCUCCAACACCUUGGAUGUGUUCUGUGAUUUGUCUCUGCCUAUUCCGAAGACAUGUGACUCCAGAGCAGGUGUGACCCUUCAGGAAUGUUUGGAUCUGUUCUCACACAAAGAACAACUCAGCGAAGGAAAUUCACCUAUGUGUGAGAAGUGUAAUCGUCACACAGAGACCACAAAAAGACUAACCAUACAGAGAUUCCCUAAAAUCCUGGUGAUACAUUUAAAGCGCUUUACAGCAUCAAGGAAUUCAAUCCAGAAACACACAGUACCCGUGUCUUAUCCUCUUACUGAUCUAGACUUGGGACCAUUUGGAUCGGGUGACUGUGGGCCUAUGGGAGUCAUGUGACAAAAGAACGAAUGAUUCAGACCAAAGACUCAAAGGUAACUACUCAUUCUACUCAUUUCAGUUUCCUGUACAUAACCUACAGAGGUUUGGUAAUGCUUUGCGCAUGGAAAAUGAAUGAAUCCCUCUCUGAGGCUACUCGUUCUUCUGAGUCGCGUUAAAGACUCGUUCAAAAAGAACGAAUCGUUCAUGAACGACCCAUCAUUACAGUACACAAGAACACAGUCCCUUCGGAGCAUGGGCGUCUAGGAUAUUGCUUCCAAGAGAUUGCGUGAUAACUCUUUUAUAACUAAAUACCUUAUUUUGCCAACUAGAAUACAAAGCAUUUACAUAAGUUCAAGCGAGUGUAAAAAAGAGAUAAUGCAAGAAACAUUCUCCUAUGUAUUACUCCAUACUAUUACACCACACUGGUAGCCUGAAUUGUUGACACCAAAUCUGCCUCUACCACCUUCAUAUUGUUGCAGAGAUUAAGAAUACCGUAAGUCCAAAUGACUUUUUUCAAACUUCACCAGUCCUGUGUUGGGAAGACUAUGCCCCCAGAUUCCUGAUCUUAGUUGACUAAAGAAGGAGCUGGUCUGGUCUUCUGCUUUUUUUUGUUUACACUGAAAUGCUUAUCUGCUCUCCAUGGUGGUUUCAGUUAUCUGCCAUGCCAUGGUCACAGUCACAGAGAUCGCAUUUUUUUUUCUUAUUCUGAUGAUUGAAGUGCACACAAGCUCCACAGAGACAGUAGACUGAACUCUUUCCCUCAUGCCUGAUGUUUAUACAAUAGACGUUAUAUCAUGUUAAACAGCUUUAAUCAGGAUUUACUCAGCUAUUAACCAUAAUUAAAUUUCAUUUUUGUUAAAUGGCGGUGAUGAAAAGGUUCAUAUUUGUGUUUGUUAAGGCCAGGUGCUGUAUGAUCUAUAUGCUUUAUGUGAACACACUGGCACUGUGAACAUGGGUCACUACACAGCUCUGUGCCAGGAAGAGGAAGGCUGGUGCUGCUAU